ACUAAUAAAGUAAAGAUGGCACUAAAGCUGUUGGUUGGACAAAAGAUUAUGAACGAGGUCGUCCGCAGUAAGACGAAAGCGGACGGCAAACCCGGAAUGGAGUGGCGAAUCAUGAUCACCGACAAACUGGCGAUGCGCAUGGUCUCGGCUUGCACCAAAAUGCACGAAAUCAGUGCCGAGGGUAUCACCCUGGUGGAGGACAUCAACAAGAAGCGCGAACCACUGCCGGCGAUCGAAGCAGUCUACUUGAUCACGCCGUCCGAAGAUUCGAUCCGUUUGUUGAUGCGAGAUUUCGAAAAUCCGGCCAAACCAACGUACAAAGCAGCCCACGUGUUCUUCUCGGAAGCCUUGCCUGACCACAUGUUUGAAAUCCUGAAAAAGGGCUUGGUUGUGAAGCAUAUGAAAACGUGUAAAGAGCUGAACAUUGCAUUUAUUGCAUACGAGGCACAGGUGUAUUCGCUGGACUCACCGGUUACCUUCCAGUGUGCUUACUCUCCGGCGCUGGCUUCGGCACGUAGUGGCAACAUGGAGCGUAUCGCCGAACAGAUUGCAACGCUGUGUGCUACCCUGGGCGAGUAUCCUUCCGUGCGCUACCGUAGCGAAUGGGACGGUAACGUUGAGCUGGCCCAGAUGGUGCAGCAGAAGCUGGAUGCUUACAAGGCGGACGAACCGACGAUGGGCGAAGGUCCGGAGAAGGCCCGUUCGCAGCUGCUGAUUCUCGACCGUGGUUUCGAUUGUGUUUCGCCGCUCCUGCACGAGCUGACGCUGCAGGCGAUGGCCUACGAUCUGCUGCCGAUCGUGAACGAUGUGUACAAGUUCAUCCCGUCGCCGAACGCGGCCGAGAAGGAGGUGCUGUUGGAUGAGAACGACGAUCUGUGGGUGGACCUGCGCCACCAGCACAUUGCGGUGGUAUCGCAGAGUGUGACUCAGUAUCUGAAGUCGUUCACCGAGUCGAAGCGAUUGACCCAGAGCGAGAAGCAGUCGAUGAAAGAUCUGUCGCAGAUGAUCAAAAAGAUGCCCCAGUACCAGAAGCAGCUGUCCAAGUACUCGACGCAUCUGCAUCUGGCCGAAGAUUGCAUGAAGUCCUACCAGGGCUACGUGGACAAGCUGUGCCGCGUGGAGCAAGACCUGGCGAUGGGGACCGACGCGGAGGGCGAGAAGAUCAAGGAUCACAUGCGCAACAUCGUGCCGAUUUUGCUCGAUCAAAACGUUUCGAACUACGAUAAGGUGCGCAUCAUUGCGCUGUACGUGAUGAUUAAGAACGGCAUUUCCGAUGAGAACCUCACCAAACUGGUCACCCAUGCGCAGAUCGACCAAAAGGAGCGUGAAAUGAUCCACAAUUUAACUCACCUGGGCAUUAAUGUAAUUGCCGACGGUAACCGCAAGAAGUCGUACACCGUGCCAAGAAAGGAGCGCAUCAAUGAGCACACCUAUCAAAUGUCCCGCUGGACACCGGUCAUCAAGGACAUUAUGGAGGAUACGAUCGAUAACAAGCUGGACGAGCGCCAUUUCCCGUUCCUCGGAGGGCGAAAGAUGGCUGCAUUCCAUGCCCCCACCAGUAGCGCACGGUACGGCCAAUGGCACAAGGACAAGUCACAGACGGCCGUGAAGAACGUACCGAGGAUGAUUGUGUUUGUCGUUGGCGGCUGCAGCUAUUCGGAGAUUCGCUGCGCAUAUGAAGUUACGGCCGCCGUCAAGAACUGGGAAGUGUACAUUGGAUCGUCUCACAUCCUCACGCCGGAGACAUUCCUCAGUGAUCUCGGUUCGCUUAACAAGGAGUAAACUCCUUUCGAUGCUGCCACUGCAGAAACCGUGCCCAUUCAGUGGGAACGCUUCAUGAUGGUGAUCUGUGUUUCGGUCUCCCUGUCCCUGUGAUUCUUGCAGUCGCGGGACAACCUUCCAAAAGUGUUUGAACAACCUAAGUAAAGCGUAAGCACCUAAUGUUCGAAGGACGUUUCCAUAACCACUUACAGGCACUGCAGUGUGGGCACCGUUACUGAAGUAGAAAAACCACUGCGCCAACACCAAGGACUUUCCCUCCAUAUGUAUGGGUUUGAGACAGAUUAGGAAGCAGCAAAGAACGACCGGCACUAAACUCCGGAUAUGACAUAGAUCAAGUUGCGUUCGUUUGAUUGUUAGUUCGCGUUGGUUUGAACCUUUACGACAUUCCUGUGAGGAAGAAUACGGAUGUACUUUGGAUGGGUGGCUUGCCCUAAGCGCAAUUUGUUCGUACUAAUGCAUUAUUCACUCUGUAUAGCAUUGUUUUUUGAUUGUUUUUAAUUAGUAUAUUGUUACACUGUGAAUAGUAGAUACGGUUUGUUUUAGCAUUAUUUUAUUUUGAACUUUAAACGCGUGUUCUCUUCAGAGAAUCGGUCUGCUGUGCUCUGGACACGGUUUGUGACAAAUUCCUUUCACCUUGCUCGAGCAGUUUUAGGGCUCCUACUUCUUGCCAUCGGCUCAACAAACGUUGCCCGAGGAACCACGGUGUUCACAAUGUUGUGAACGUAUUGUGACCGAUAAUAAGCAAUGCCACGACGAUAAGGAGGUCGACAGAAAGGAAUGCACCAUACUCUGUAUUGGCACGAAGUUUGAAUAAUAAAUGCGCAGUCACAUUAUAGAGUUAAUAUACACGAACCAACCACAACCGUACACAAACAGACCCAACAGACAAAGCAUAUAUAUAUACACAUAAACAUUUAACAAACAAAUCGCAUAUAUACAUGCAUAUAUCCUAGCGUUAAAAGGAGGAAAAAGAUAAACACGAUGUUUACUCUAAAUUAUUAAUUAGUUUUAAAACCAAACCAAUGAUGUCGAGAUGUGUUCGCCACUGAUUGUCUUACGACGAAAUCAGCGGUCGCGCGAAAUCAUCAUCAUUAACCCCUCAAAAGUAAAGGAACGAACGUUGGUAGUUUUACGUUCUGAAGUAACGGGGCAAAAGGUGGCCGCCAGGAGCAUCGCUUCACAACUGCUUUUGCCAUGCUGCAUAGGCCUGCAGGACCUGUGGGUCUGCCAUUGCCAGUGAUGAUUAGUUGCAGCAGCCAAAUCAAUGAUGCUAACAAACAUGCCCGCUUUAAGAUAAUACAAUUAAGGCGCACUAUGGCAAAGAAAAUCAGAGGGGACGAAUGCGUUGGGUGUGAAACCCGUACACAAUACAGAAAAAAUAACGAAUAUUUUAAAUUCAUUCUUCCUAUCUCUCCUAGCUGUUUCAUUCUUCUUCGGAUAAAAUAAUGAGAAGCAACUAGUUUGCGAGUAUGGGCGUUGUAUAGAAAAAAAUCUACAGUUGAUGAGAAAAGAGAAAAAAAUGUUUCAAAAACGCAAUCAAAAAAAGCAUAAAUAAACGAAUACUUAUCACAUAUUUAUCUUUUCGGCACCUACGUUCACGAGGCAAAGUCCGGCAGCGUUGCGCACUGCGAAAUGCAUUAAGGAUUGGCCGAGAUUCGGACUGGUGGGGAACCGGAGUAGAAUGGCACAGUGACACUACAAUAAUCUGCUGAAAACAGUUGGAAGACACCACAAAUCGAUUAGCCUAGCACCUCUUCAAAUCUAUUUCUUCGAGCGUUCAAUUAUUAACUCAUAACAUAUGCAAUGCAAUGACUGGCGCCAGAGUAAAACAUUCAAACAACCGUAGAUAUAAUCGAAAGAACACCGAAAUGGACCGCAAGUGGUAUGAUUGAUUACCAGCGCCGGGUUUGCUGGCUUAUUUUCGUAAGAUGCUAUACCAUCGAUCAUCCUCUCGAUCGGGUGUGUCGAAAGGUCCAGGUGGCUGAAAUCCGGGUGCUUGGAAUCCGAUUCUCUUGCACGAACGUGUUGUGUAAGGACAGCAACAGAGCCCACCGAGAGCAAAUAAUCGCAAUCCUCGUUGGGUACACGCUGGAGUUGGCCACCACUCUUAGAGUAACCGCUUAGUUAUGACGUUAAGCGUUGUUAAUUUUGCGCUCUUCAAAAAGUGUAGAACGUUACGGCUUUCGGCUGUUCAUUUCGCGACAAGUUGCAUUUGUUUUCCUUCGCUGGCUACACACGUUUUCUCCAGUUUCAACGAAUAGACAAUUGUAUCAAUAAACA